CCAUGUUUACCACCAAUUUCUUUUGAGAUAGCUAGUUUGAACAUUAUUUCUUCUCAUUUGAUCUGGCCCUUGACCCUGACACGAUGUUGAUUCGGAAAGAAAAAUCAAUCUCGCUCUCUAGCGGGACUAGCGGCGCCAGCCUCGUUCUUUGAGUUGUCCCCACAUCUACCAAAACCGAGCUCCUCCAGCUCCGAUAUGAAAUGAGAUUUUCCAAUGGCGGAUUCCUGGGCCAACCUCGUUGCCUCCGUUCCUUUUACAUGUGGGACUGGGCUUGCCCUAGAAACGAUCUGGCAUGCCAACCAAGAUUCCACUCCACUCGGUGCUUGCGGCCCUCCCUCACGAUUGGACAGCAACGUGUGUGAGCAUCUUUGCACGAUGUCAUCGCUUAGAGAUCUCCUAGUGAGAAAAAAAGGAGAUGGAAUCUUGUCCACGGAGACGUGUUUUCAGUCUGGUAUGCUAGAGAAGUGCUUCGUGACGUUGGGGAUCGCCGGUAUGGUUGUGUCAUCAUCUAGUUCCUCAAAAUUGGAUCCCGAUUGUUUGUUUUUGCUGCAAGAUGUCACCGAGCAACAGGAGGUGGGAUAUAGGGGGGUAACCAGAGAAGAGAGGAAAGCUGUGCCGGUCAAUAAUUUUUAGAAGCAAAGCAAGCCCCCUGCUCUUGCGGCUCCGAAUAGCGGGGUCGGCAAUUCCAGCCUAGUCAAGAGAGAGCUUGCGACUUCGAUCAAGUCGUCUUGAUGGCCAUCACGUACCCAUGGGCCGUGCCCUUCGCAGUCCCGAAGAUACAUGUGCUGCGACAAGAGUAUGUGCCCCAACAGGGGAUUGAAUAUGCACAGAUCGCGUGUCCUGCGGCACACUAAUGCGAGUAGAUGGCCACUUGGCUUGGAUUUUCCAAGGCCCGCCGGACCAAGUCUGACCAAUAUGGGCCGGAGAUGGACAUGGAAGAAAUCAAGGCUGGCGCGAUGUACCAGAGUCGGACGGCCGAGGAAGUUGUGCGCUAAGAAGAGAGGUAAGCUCUCGGCAGGCCAAGCAGCUCCCUUCCACUGAAGAUCUGAAAAUGCAGCAUAGCUGGGAAGUCAAGCAAGUUUUGGGUUAUCGGGUUCGGAAUCAAAGCUCCCCAGUGGAGAAAGCCGUGGGAACAAAGUAUCACAACGGCGGCAAUGGCGCAGGAGAGCCGGGCGGUUUUAUCUUCUCGGCAGGAGGUUAGCCAGUGGACCAGUCUCCAGGUCGGGUAUCAAAUAUGAGCAUGAUAGUGGAUAAGACAGAGAGUGGUCGUGGUCCUUGGACGGCCAUGAAGACUCGUCUGGACAAAAAGCAGCCAACUUGGCCAACAAAACAAGGAGCAGAGCAAAGGCCCGUCCACGGGCCUUGGGGGCCUUGGGGGCCUUGGGGGGGCCUUGGUAUGCCUUGGUAUGUGUUAAUUAGCCCAAUUCUAGCGUCCGAGCUAGGAGCGUUAGGGCGAUCAUUCACGAUCCACCGGUGAAACAUUGCGAUUCCUACAUGGGAGAAGCGCAAUAGGCCUAUCGUUUCUGCCUCUGACCGGGCUGAGAGGGGAGGAGAGGUACGUAAUGGCUGAUAAGAGCCCACCUUAUAGGGGCGCGUGCUAAGUAUAGCGUUGCCUGGGAUUUGCUGGUGCAUUGUCGAGGUUUUGCUGGCGAGUUGGGUUCCAAGCCUGUUUAGUUUCGUGUUGAAGACCGUUCAAUAGAUGAGGGCAGUCUCUUCGCACACCGUGGACUCUUCAGAUUGAUGAUUUGGAGCUAGCUAGCCUACUAACUUCUACCUACCACCAAGCUUGUUCGUCCUCGUCGAUUAUUAUUCUUGGUGGCUUUUUUUUCCCUCUUUCUCCCUCUCUCUCUCUCUCUCUCUCCUAAACCCUGAUUUUCCACAUUUUCGAAUCUCGCUCCCUUUUCCAUUGUCUACCUUGUUGAUUGAUCCCUCCUCCUUUGUCCUCAAUAAUUUCCUAGUUGCCCAUCUCCGGUUCUUGCGGGGCAAGACCUCCAGCCGCGUCGUUACUCGCCGCAAACGGUCGCGCUCUCCCGUCCCUGACGCCCUCCCAAACUUCUCUUUCCUUCCCCCCACGCCAGUUAGCCUCCAAUUACGGAAGCUACCUGGGAAGAUUUGGUGGUUCUUCUCCUGGCGAGAAGUUCCUAGCGUUUACAUCACUGCUGGUACCAUCCGGGCAUUCAUCCUCCGUCCAUCAUGUCGUUCUUGAAGCAGCUACGCCGACGCUCUAAAGCUAGCUUCCAUAGUACGGCCGAGUUGAAAACCCCCUCGCAUCAAGUAGAGGUGGUGUCCGGAAAAUCCUCCUCCACGAUUGACACCUCGUCCCAUGCCUCCAUUACUCCGCCCUCGUCGAUCAAACCGACCGUCUCCUCUCCCAAUCUCCCCUCGUUGAUCGAGUCCAAUGACGGCAGCUCCAUUAGCACGCCGUUGGCUCCCCCUCCACAACGGCUAGGACCUUUUGUGACCAAUUCACAGCGGAACAGCGUCGUGGGAAGCUCAUCUUCGUCGAUCAAUGGGGUCUACCGGUCCCCGAACCCAAGCUCGCCUUAUGCGCCCAGAAUAGUUUCGAUCGCCGAUAACUCGUGGGUCCACCAAAAAGUUCUACUUAUUUAUGGCCAGAUUGGAGAUCCUCGACACCAUCUAUUGGACGGAAAUAUCACCGUCUACCAUCACCAAGAUAAUUUCCCGUCAAUCGGCUGGCCCGUUACGGCAUCCCAUUUCAAAGCCCUCGUUCACCUUGUCCCCGGUCCCAAUCGCCUGCGUUUCGAUUUCGCGUCCCCGAAGCUGUCUUCUGGAAGCACUCAACCGGUAAUCCACUCGACCUGGAUUUGCAUCAACUACCUCCCCCUGGUCAAUUCCCCGCCAUUACAUCUGGUCGUACUACUCGGCAAGGAUUCGGAUGGAACGUAUGACGCAGUGCCCGAGCGAGUGGAGCGCGAAGGAAAUGGGUUGGAAACGGCACUUCGGAAGUAUCGAACGGCGGCGUAUCUAUGGCAGGCAUUUACGGGAGAGCAAAUGUUUCGCAACAAUCUGGGCCGGCGAUGCUUUCGCUUUGAGGAGGAAUGGCAGUCGGGCACUCUCAGCCGACGAGAUUCGGCCAUUCGACAGAUGCGCAACGAGGCUAAGAUUCACAUCAUCCGCACCGAGAAAACGGUAGCAGAGUUACGGGAUCUCAACGUCGCGCAGCAGUAUGAUGCCGCGAAGAAAAAGGACGAGUUGUUCAACAUCGCCAAGGAUGCUGUGCGCAAGCAUUUCAAUCCGCAACCUGGUCAAAAACAAUACGUUUCUGUCUUGUUGCUGGAUUCCCACUGGGACACGCAAGCUCAGACGAUUACCGGUCACGCUGCUUUAGGAUCAGGAGAUGACGAUAUCAAGAUGGCGAUAUUCGGGUCUCACUGCCUGCAGAGCUACCCCUCCUGCCUUGAAGAGGUAGUUGAUGCAUUCUCAGAUUGCACUCGGACGGACACCAAUUACGUAGCCAACGACUGCGGCGAGGCUGGAUCUAACUGGGAGUCCGCAAACCUCGGAAUUGGAGCACACUUGCACGAAGUUGGACAUCUGUUUGGGUGCCCUCACCAAGAAUCCGGCGUCAUGCUUCGCGACUACGUUCGUCUGAAUCGCUCUUUCUUGAUCAAAGAGCCGUUCUGCACUCGCACCAAAACACAGGGCAUGAAGGUCUGUUUACCCAACGACGAGUGUGGGUGGCAUCGCUUGGAUGCGCUUCGUUUCCGAUUCCAUCCUUGCUUCCGACUUCCUAGCGAUGCUUCGGUGAGCAACGAUGAGAGCGUCCAAGUGUGGCCCGUGGAGAAUGGAAAGAUCGUAUUUACGGCCUCUUCGGGCAUUGCAUUUGUGGAGCUGUACGCCGAAGACGACAAUGUCUGCCAUCAUUUCAUCGAAUACAUCAACAGCGAGUCCAGCGGCAACGGUUUGCCCAAGCAAGUGGCCAUCACCGAGACCGAGUUGAGGCAACAAGUCUUUGGCUCUGAGAAGGAGAAGAAAAAGAAGAUCAGAAUGGUGGUCUUCUCUGGUAACUUGGGAAGUUACACUGUGGAAGAUGUCAACGCUCUCAAGUCCAAAAACUCACUGGUCAAGCUUCCUAAGAACCAGUCCGGCUACAAGAGUGGCCAGCUUGGACGCUCUUCAAUGGAGGGCAGUGAGCCGGAGCAAUUACUUUUGGAAUGUGCCUUUAUCAAGACCAAGCUUUUGACGUCUAUCAAGGUAUAUCAUGGAUCUGCGGUGGAUGGUAUUGAGUUCUGCUACGAAGACAUGACCAGCCAACUCUUUGGCAAGCGUGGUGGAAAACCCGGGGGUGAUGAGUUUGUACUCGAUACCCGCCGCGGGGAGAUUUUGCUUGGUUUCUACGUCCGAGCUGGACUCUGGAUUGAUGGAAUUGAGAUUCUCACCAGCCUAGGGAGGAAAUCUGGAAUUUACGGAAAUGCCAAUGGUGGAUCAGGUCACACCUUAAUUCCACCUCUGGGAUAUAAAAUUGCUGGAGUCGCAGGCUCUAGCGGACCCUGGAUCGACGGCUUCUCACUCAUCGUUCAACACUGAACUGGAUCCAUUUAUUGAUAUCCCAAGCGCGACUCGAAGACAUACAAUUUCUUCAUUUUUCUCCCGCUUUUUUUUGGUCUCUCCAAUGAUAGGAUCGGCAUUUCCCAAAACAAUGGCCGGCUCGGGGCCGGCCAGCACAUAUAUACGCGGUUCUGUGGGGCUCCAGGUGCCUCUGUUUAUAUGCUUCUUUUCUCGUUUUGACGGGCGUUGUGGAGGACGGUGUUUGAACAGUUAUUCGUUGUACCAUUCAUUUCCUUUCUCAUUCUCUGUGGGAUGAACACGCAUUUGAGGACACUCCUUCAUGAUUUAUUCGUCCCAGGGCCAUGCUAACAGAAUUGGAAGCAUCUUGUAUAAGGAAAUAUUCAUAUUAUUGGGCUAGACAGGCUAUACAUAGUUAAUAUCAACGGAGAACGAGCAUUACGCUCAGUUCUUGUCAAAGAUACCUUGGUCGCGGAGCAUAGAGCAGUGAGCUGUAUACUGUUGUUAUGUUGCUAUGUUGCUAUGUCGUCGCCACCUCCGG